UCUUUUUGCAGAGGCGGUCACUCUUCCACAGCCCUCCUAAAGGGGAAAACGUGCCUUGGAGUCUGUUGUUGACAAAAUAAAUUGAAGAGGUGAAAUUGAACUCAGAACUACAACUAAUCUUAUCAAAACAGGUGGAGGUGAAGUGAUCUGAAAGAAUUUAUGACCACAAAACUUCAGAUUGAAAAACAUCAUAUUUUCCAUACCAAAAAUUAGAGUGUUUUGAGAGACUUUAUUUCAACAAAAUGAUGAUGGAAACAGAAGAACAACAGCCCUCGAACACAACAUUUUACACAGAAUUACCUAAAGUGGAACUUCAUGCCCACUUGAAUGGAUCCAUUAGUUCUAAUACCAUGAAGAAAUUAAUAGCUAAGAAGCCAGAUCUUAAAAUCCAGAAUCACAUGACUAUGAUUGACAAGAGAAAGAAAAGAACUUUAUAUGAAUGUUUCCAGAUGUUUCAAGUUAUUCAUCAGAUUACUACUAGCCCUGAAGAUAUUCUAUUGGUCACAAAAGAUGUCAUUAAAGAAUUUUCAGAUGAUGGUGUCAAGUACCUGGAACUCAGGAGCACACCCAGAAGAGAAAAUUCUACAGGAAUGACUGAAAAGACUUACGUGGAAUCUGUACUUGAGGGUAUAAAACAAUGCAAAGACGAAAACUUGGACAUUGAUGUUAGGUAUUUGAUAGCAAUUGAUAGAAAAGGUGGCUCUACAGUAGCCAAGGAGACUGUUAAACUUGCACAGGAGUUCUUUCUUUCUGCAGAAGACACAGUUCUUGGUGUUGACCUCAGUGGUGCACCUACUGCAGGACAAGCAAAAGACUUCUUAGAACCUCUUCUGGAAGCUAAAAAAGCGGGUUUAAAGUUGGCGUUGCAUCUAUCAGAGAUUCCAAAUCAAGCAAAAGAAACACAAGUACUCCUGGAUCUUCUUCCUGACAGAAUUGGUCAUGGGACAUUCCUCAAUUCAUCAGAUGAAGGUUCUCUACAUCUAGUAGACUUUGUGAGGCACCACCGGAUACCACUGGAACUCUGUUUGACCUCAAACAUUAAAAGUCAGACAGUUCCAUCUUAUGACCAGCAUCAUUUUGGAUUCUGGUACAGCAUUGGCCAUCCUUCUGUGAUCUGUACCGAUGAUAAGGGUGUUUUUGCAACAAAUCUUUCUCAAGAAUACAAGCUGGCAGCUGAAACAUUUCAUUUGACGCAGCCCCAGUUGUGGGAUUUGUCUUAUGAGUCCAUCAACUACAUCUUUGCUUCUGAUGGCACCAAGUCUGAACUGAGGAAGAAGUGGAAUCACCUGAAGCCCAAAGUGUUACAUUUUUAACUUGUACCAGGAUCUUCCUCCCAUAUUCCAUUUAGUAAGUCAUGCAGUAUUCCCUUUGAAAGAGAAGGCAAGUACCUUGAGCUCCAUCACCAGCACUUGCUCAUAGAGAUUGCUUGGUAGUUAUGUCUUAAAUUGACUAGUGCGCUCAGAAAUUUUACAUAGCUCACCUCUUGCUGCUAACUGAAAGUCAGAAUGUUUCUGAUAACCAAACUCCUGUUCACUGGUGAUUUUGACAUAACAGUCCCAUCCAUUUGAUUUAGAAAAAAAAUUAGUUUUUCACCAAAAAAAGUUUUAGAAUUACAAUCUCAGAUAAGUUGGGGAAAAUAGGGAAAGACAGAACUUGGAAGCCUUCUAAUUUGUGACAUUCCUAUAGUUCAUUGUGUUCUUUCAGACUCCCCUCAUUUAAGUGUUCUCCAAAACUGUUUUCCUCAGGCUAUAUUACAGAUACAGUAUUACAUAUAUAGUGCAGAUACAUUACAUAUAUUGUAUGUAUAGUAGACUGUAUUACAUAGAUUGCCUUUUUUUUAAAUGACCCAUAGCAGUGAGGGUUAAUAAACUUUGGGUGUGGCCCAAAAAACAAGAACAAACUUUUGAGAUCUGAAUGUCACUAGAUAGCUAUAUGAAUCUAUAGGAGUAAAGUUUUCAUAUUAGAUUUUGAAUUAUAUAAUAAAGCAAAAAAUUAUCCCA